GACUACAGGUUUACUGUUUGAUUGUGAGAAAAUGAGUGUUGGUGACAUCUGGCAGAGCUUUCAAAGAUCUUCGUAAACGUCUCUCCGUGUCACUUGUUAUCGUAAUCGCUCUGCCCGGCCAUCAUUGUGUUAUGUUAAGUAGCGAGUCUGCUUUCUGUCUGUGGCUCUUUCCUCCUUAGGUUUCAAUUCCAAACAUGGUUAUCCUUCUCAGGGUCUCUACCCCCACCUCUCCCGCUCCAUGUUUCCAAAGGUCUUCAGUCCAGUGUGGGACGGGGAACAGAAGCACAGACACUGGAGGGCUGAUAUUGUCAAAUUUAAAAGGAAGAGUCGGUGUCAACGGAAACUAAAUUAUGAAGCUUCUUUUAUUCCAGCUGAUUUUGGCCGUGGGACUGACAUUGACUUUAAGCAGCUGAAGGGAACAAGCUUUUUUAUAUUUGACAUUAGUUUAGCAUUUUGUUUACAAUCUUUUGAAAACUUGAAUUAUUUUUCCAGAAUUUGAUGACAGACUUCUUAUAAUUCAGCGUUCCAUUGAACUGGAGACAAAAGAGGCUCAAACAUGAAUAGCGGCGACUCUUCAUUGAUUGACGCUGUAUUUUACAAUCACACACCCUGCGAUGGAUGGACCAACAACACUGAAGGUGCCAUAUACCAUCUGGGCAACACCAUUCUUUUUUUGGGCUAUAUGGGCGGUAGUGGGGCGUAUGGGGCUCUGUACAUCUUCAGUUUUCUGGCUCCAGCUUUCCUCUGUCUGGCUCUCUGGGGCUGGCUGACGGUGUGCGGCCUGGAUGUCUUCAUCUGGAACCUGCUGCUGAUGCUGCAGUGUUUGGCCCAGGUGUGUCAUCUGAUUUUUCGGCUGAUGCGGGACGGUUUAGCUAACGAGGAGUUUUCUGCACUUUACACAGCGGUCUAUCUGCCGCUGGAUGUACCUGUGCAGGUGUUUAAGGAGAUCACGGGGGCUGGAGAAAAUAAAGUGCUUUCACUAGCGGUUGAAGAAACGUAUGCUGUAGAAGGGAAGACGCCUAUUGAUCAGCUGUCUUUCCUACUUUCUGGCAGGAUUAGAGUGUCCUUAGAAGGCCAGUUUCUCCAUUACAUCUUCCCUCACCAGUUUCUUGACUCUCCAGAAUGGGAGUCUCUAAGACCAGCAGAAGAGGGGAACUUUCAGGUGACACUAACCGCAGAGACGGACUGCCGCUACAUCUCCUGGCGCAGACGUCGACUUUACCUUCUGCUGUCUAAAGAUCGUUACAUUGCUCGACUUUUCUCAGUCAUGCUGGGAAGUGACAUUGCUGACAAACUGUACUCUCUCAAUGACAAGCUGUUUGCAAAGAGUGGUGUGCGCCUUGACAUUCGUCUGCCCAGUCUAUACCAUGUCCUUGCCCCUUCACCACAAGGCAGUGAGGGUGGCAGUGCUAGUUCGCCACCCAGGGGGAGCCUAGGUGAUCCUACAGUCGUUAAGGUUGAUCCAGCACCAUCUAAUCAAGGCUCAGGAACAAGAAAUCCCCAGCCCGACCAGGGAAAGAGUCCUAAUCCCAAACCUCCACACCAGCAUUGGCCCUCGGACACAGAGAUGCCCUCCGAGGACGAUCCUCCAGGACGUUUUCCACCUCGAUACCAAAGAGGACGUGCCCCACUGGCCCCUAAUGACACCCCAAAGCUGUAGAGACGAUGAUUUCAGCAGAAUCAAGACGAACCACUUCUCCAAUCAAAAACUGUAUGUUCUCAUAUGACUGAAGACCACAUUCACACAGAACAGUAUAAGGAUGUGCAAAUGUACUGCUUUCAGGACAAAACCUCCCAAAACCACUGUUUUUCAGAUAGAUACUGUGCUAUAUAUGAUUCCACAUUGCUGCGAUUGAUCAACAUGGCUGUUUUAUGUUUAUUUGCAAUGGUGUGUGCUUUGUAGUGAAGUCUGUUUUGAAUAACUGAAACAGAAUUUAAAUGCUACAAAUUAGAAUUUUUUUAACACUUCAGCAGUUGAAAGAUAUUAAAUUGACAGAGAUUUAUUACAUAAGUGUGAGGUUAACCAUAUUAGAAUGUUAGUAUAUGCUUCAGCAUCUUAUUACUGAGACUGACCAUUUUGUGAAAAUGUAUUUUCACGGGGCCAACUGUUAAGUGCUGGGUAAAAAUGUGACUUGAUAUUCCUCUAAAGAUGCCACCAUAAAGCAGUAAUUAGCACCGUAUUAAGUAUGCAGUUAUAAACACUAGUUGGAAAUGUUGUUUGUAGUACCACUCCAAAUGUUUUAAUCAUUGAAACAGCAUCUGUACUUUCAGUACACAUAUAAACACACAAGAUAACUAUGGUAUGUUAACUGUCUUUUAUAAUACACAACAUUUCGCUUGUUGAUUGUUAUCUAACAAAAUUGAACAGAAAAUUUGCAUUAAAGAGACAGUUCAGCCCAAAAAUGGAAUUUGAGUGGUUCCAAACCUUUAUGAGUGUCUUUCCACUAUUGAACACACAAGAAGAGAUUUUGACAGUUGUGAGAAACUGGUAGCCAUAGACAUUCAUAGCAAUGAAAAAAUACUGUUUACUAUCAUUACACUAUUUUAAUUUCAGGGUUUCCAAAUCUCUCUUGCUUUCAGCAGAAGACUCCUCAAACAGGUUUGGAACAAGUGAGUAAAUGGUGACAGAACUUUUAUUUUUAGGUGAACUCUCUCUUUAUAAUUAAUCUGAUUUUCUCUGGAAAAGUUCACAGAAAAACUAAAAGUAUCAGAAAUUAUGUUUGACAUUAUAUUAGGGCUAAAUGUGUCAUUUUGUGAAAACACAAUAAAUAUAUCCAACACUGAA